AAUGAUGGCGUCUCUACACGCCUGUGCCAGCUAGACUGAUAGUCCAACCGGGGGCAAAGUCCUACGGUAAUUCAGGGAGAUUUCUGUUUUUUGUGUUUUUACACACAGUGGAGUCUUUAGAGAAUUGAACGUUUGAGGAAAAGGCAGGCUGUCCCAGCAGCUUGCCCGAGUUCUGACGCUGUGCGGCUCUGUCCCGUCAACAGCUCCACACACACCAGUCGGUCACGGUGGUCCAAGCAGGGGACACGUCAGGAGGUUGAGAGGAGUUUCGCCAGGGAAAAAAAAAAAAAAAAAUGGGGACUCACUGAAGACGUUCCACCGUUUCUUUAACAUCAGCAUCCGGCUGAAGUAACCGACCGACAGACACCAUGAACUACGUGGGCCAGCUGGCAGGUCAGGUUCUGGUAACCGUCAAAGAACUGUACAAGGGCAUUAACCAGGCCACGCUGUCAGGCUGUAUUGAUGUUGUGGUGGUCCGCCAACGGGAUGGCACCUACCAGUGCUCUCCAUUCCACGUUCGCUUCGGCAAGCUGGGUGUUCUGCGCUCGAAGGAGAAAGUGAUUGACAUUGAAGUGAAUGGAGAGCCUGUAGACCUUCAUAUGAAACUUGGAGACAAUGGAGAGGCCUUUUUUGUCCAGGAAACUGAGCAGCAGAAUCAGAUUGUCCCUGCCCACCUCGCUACUUCCCCAAUUCCUACUGAGAGUCAUCUUUUCUGGAUCUCAGAGGUGGAGCAGAGGGCACCACAGGAUCUCGAAGAUGACCCCGCUGAUCCAGAGGAUUGUCCUGAACCUCCUGCUCCCAGCUUAUCCACAAAAAAGAAGAAAAGACGAAGAAAGAAGCACAAAGGAGACCCACGCAGAGAAGAACUAACCCCGCCAGUAUCAGUCACUACUGGAAAUGUUGCUGCUACGCCUGCUGCUAUGUCCAGCUCUGGGCAGGGUGACGAGAUCUUUGAGAUGGACCUGAGCUCAGAUGAGGAUGCAGGGGCACACGUCUCAAAGUCGCCCUCAAUUGCCACAAUGCGUGACAUUGACCCUAAACUACCUUUGAUCAGGCAUAACCUUGAUGAUUAUCCAUUGUCUGAUGGAGAAUGGCCCACAAGUGAAGGUCAUUGCUUGUCCCAGGCUUUUUCCCCAAAGAGUGAUUCAGAACUGGUGAUGAGGCCCUCAGAGAGUUUGCUCAGAGCUGAGUCCCACAUGCAGUGGACCUGGGGAGAGUUUCCAGAAAACACCAGGAUCACCAAGAAAGAGAAAGCAGAGCCACUGAAAACCGUGACCAUCACCCCAUCAGAGAGCACCCACUUUCGUGUCAUACUCAGUUCAGAGGCCAUGGAGAACGAAACUGAGACGGAAAAGGAACACAGAGCCCCCACAGUGUGCACCAUAGUCAAGCCGGAGCCCCGAACCCCUGUCACCUCUGCGACACCUGAUAAUCCACUAUCAUCUGUCUGCACCAUAACCUCUGGAUUGAGUCCCAUCACCCCCACAGAGCCUCUAGAUGUGUUGCCAUCCAGCAUAGCAACCUCCACCCCAGCAAACAGUCAACAGAGCGAUUCACCCUCCAAGAAGAAAGGAGUCCCCAAGAGGAGCCAACAUCAGGGUCCUGAAGAUAUCUACCUGGAUGACCUGAAUGUACUUGAACCUGAUGUGGCUGCAAGAUAUUUUCCUAAGAGUGAGACGGAGGCAGCGACCAAGCAUUGGAUGGACUCAGAGAUGCAUUCUGGUUCACAGUCCCCUCAGUCGGUGGGCAGUGCGGCUGCUGACAGCGGGACCGAAUGCCUUUCAGACUCGGCCAGUGACCUGCCUGAUGUGACCCUUUCUCUGUGUGGAGGUCUAACAGAAAAUGCUGAAAUAUCCAAAGAAAGAUUUAUGGAGCAUAUCAUCACGUAUCAUGAGUUUGCUGAAAAUCCAGCGAUUAUAGAUAACCCCAACCUGGUGGUAAAGAUAGGAAACAGAUAUUAUAACUGGACAUUAGCUGCUCCGCUGAUUUUAAGUCUACAAGCUUUUCAGAAAAAUUUACCAAAGGCUACAGAAGAGGCCUGGGUAAAGGAGAAAAUGCCAAAGAAGUCAGGCCGUUGGUGGUUCUGGAGAAAGAGGGCUGAUAGCACAAUCAAGCAGUCUGAGACUAAGCUGGAAACCAAGGAGGAGGCUAAUUUGGCUGGGGAAGAACCCUCCAUGUCACAGGAGAAGCUGCCCUUACCGCCUAAAGCAGGAGACACAUCCAGUGAUGAAGAAGCCAAGGAAGUGAGUGCUGUAUCCUGUCAAGAGAGACUGCAAACAGGAGAUGGUCCGCACCACCCCAGCCCACACACUUACAGGAAGUCACUGCGACUUUCCUCUAAUCAGAUAGUCAGUCUGAAGCUGAAAGAUGGGCCAAAUGACGUCACAUUCAGCAUCACCACCCAGUACCAGGGCACAUGCCGCUGUGAGGGAACCAUCUACCUGUGGAACUGGGAUGACAAAGUUAUCAUUUCAGACAUUGAUGGAACCAUAACCAAGUCGGAUGUGUUUGGACAGAUUCUUCCACAGCUGGGUAAAGACUGGACCCACCAGGGCAUUGCCAAACUGUACCACUCUGUGGCUGAGAAUGGCUACAAGUUCCUGUACUGUUCAGCUCGGGCCAUUGGCAUGGCAGACAUGACCAGAGGUUACCUGCAGUGGGUCAAUGACGGAGGUACUAUCCUUCCCCGGGGUCCUCUCAUGCUGUCUCCCAGCAGCCUCUUCUCUGCUUUCCACAGGGAGGUCAUUGAGAAGAAACCAGAGAUCUUCAAGAUUGAAUGCCUUACAGACAUCAAGAACCUGUUCCAGCAUAACAAGCAGCCCUUCUACGCCGCCUUUGGGAAUAGAGCUAAUGAUGUUUUUGCCUAUAAAGAAGUUGGUGUUCCACUGUGUAGGAUCUUUACCGUUAACCCAAAGGGAGAGCUGAUCCAGGAGCAGACUAAAGGCAACAAGUCUUCGUAUGGGAGGCUCAGCGAGCUGGUGGAGCAUGUGUUUCCUUUGCUGAGUAAAGAGCAGAAUGAGGCCUUUGUGAUGCCAGAGUACAGCUCCUUCUGUUAUUGGAGGCAGCCCAUACCAGAGAUCAACCCCGAUGAACUGCUCUGAUUUUGCACAUAUGGUUACCAGGUAUACACUCACGUCGGACUGGACUGUGCACUUGAAUGCAUCGCUUGAACAAAUGGAAAGGAAACCAUUGCACUUAGGCGCACACAUGUAGAAACAGGGUUAGAACCAUAAAUACUAAAAAUGGGCAAACUGUAAUUACAUGGAUAAGAGGAGGGAUUAUCAGCAAUACGGUACAUAAAAAAAAAAGAAAAAUCUGCCAUGAAAAUGUACUCUUUUGAGAUAACGGAGUAAUUGCUGACUUUUGCCUUCCAUCCCAUUAACAGCCCUUUAGUCCAGGUCAUUGUGCAGAAGUUGAAAGCAUCAUCUUUUUUUUUUUUUCCUCAGUCUGUAUAAAUGAAAACGGCCCCAGAGAUGUUUUUUUAAAACCGCUCAUAACAAAGGUGACUUCUGCAUUUAAAAAAAAAAAAAAAAAAAAAAAAAAAAAAAAAAUAAGCUAAAAUAAAACGCUCAAAGUGAUUGGCAGAUAACCAAAUUACAGCACAGAUGUCAGUUUUCAGCAGAGCUUCUUUAGAUGUUCAGUUUUCCUGACACCUCUGACUUGCGUCACUGCAGGUGGAAUGGAUUUAGCAGACUCGGAUUUCAGAAGUUUUCAACCUUGUUCUCAAUGAAUCAUGUAUGAUAUUGUUAAUAUUCAAGAUCAUAUGUGGAAUAGGCAAAGUAUGUGAAAACUGCAGAUGAAACAAAGCAGUUUUGUGAUUUAUUAUGUUGUUUUUUUUCAUAUUAAUUCUGUGGUACAAGCUCUACAAAGGAAGUAUUUUCUGUUGACAACGCAGUCAUUGUUUGUUGUAGUUGAUAUGUUUAAGUUAUUGAUUUAUUUUGUGAUGCCUUUGAUUGCCUCAAAAAAAAGAAAAAACAGAUCCCCAGUUUAACGAGGAACCUGGCAUUUUGUAUGGGUGGUCCCAGGUUAACAUGCACUUAACUUUUAACUGCUAGGCUUUAUACGAUCAGUUUGUGGUCAUGCUUCCCCCAACAACCCGUUUUCCCUGUUGAAGGGGGAAUUAUUCAUUGUUGAAGGCACAUAAGCAUACACGAGAACCUCAGAAGCCGCAGCUUUAGCAUUAAGAUGUGUGUAAAAACAGGAGUCGACGCCUGAGUUACAUGAGUCAGAAAAGGCAGAUCUGAAAGGCGCUUAAAAAUGAAGGAUUUGGAGGACUAAGGGAUGAUGUAAGCGUGUGUGCGUAUGUGUUUGUGUGCGCACACGCAUAUCACUGAGGGCUGCUGCUGCUGGGCUGGCAGUAUCAUGCCCCCCCUUGCUUACAUUCCCUCAGUGGCUUUACCGAGACUUGUCUAAAGCACUUUUGUCCAAGCUGCACCCCGAGACGCAGACAUCCAACUCAGCACAUCUCUCACCCACAUGCACUUCACUGUCAGUCAGAAUAAAGUGGACCAGAGUGUGCAAAUUUUUUCAGGAUGGAGGUUCUUAUUCUUUACCUUCAGUGUAUCAGUUUAACUGAAAUAUGUCCCUAUGAGCAACUGUUGAGAGGUUGUGGUCUUCACACGUUGUUUGAAAUGCAGACUUUAGGAAACUUUGCUACACUGAAAAAGCAUAUUUUUGUGAGGGAAAAGACUGAACUUAUGCCUCUGGUGGCCAGAGGAGGAACGAUUCAUUCUUGUUUAGAGAUCAGCCGGAAUAACUUGCCUCUGUCCAAAAGCGUUUAGAAGCACUUCUCUUGCGUUUAUGUCUGAUUUAGAAACUGAUUUUCUGAUUGUGAUCACAUCUCCCUCACCAGUGAAAGAUGACAUGUUGUGUUAAAGAUGGCUGCAAGAGCAAGUAGAAGUAGUUUAUUAAAAGAGAAGAAAAGCACAAUCAACAUCAGUCACUAUUAGGUGUGUAAGAAGUGUAGCUGCACAUGUAAGUCUGGUGUUUUGUUGUGUGAAUUGUUUGUUUAGCUUUGAUUCUUUUGUUUUUCUCUACACUUUGGUAUCAUCAGAUAGUUAUCUUAAAAAUUAACUAAAGGAAUUUCAUUCUUUCUAUGAAAGUAAAUCAUCUUGUGUGAAAGACUCACACUUCACCUAUGACCCUGGGAUAUGUGGUAUAUAAUGUCACCCAUCUCACUCAAAUGCUGUUGAAAAUGGUCCCAUUCAAGACAUAUAUAUAUAUAUAAAUAUAAAAAUACUGAUCUUCACAUUUAUCUGUCUUACUGCCUUUUUUUGUUUCUUAUAAAUGUAUAUGAUAUUUUAUGGGACUGUGUUUUCUUUGGAUGUUACGCUUGCUCUCUGAUUGUGUCUGACAGAAACAACUUCAAUUUAUGUUGUGUUUGAUUUGUAAAGAAAUGUGGUUUAUAAAUAUGUUUAAAGAACAAAAUCCACCAUAAAAAGGAAAAAAAGCAGGCCUAAUGAUGGUAAAAAAAAAAAAAGAGAUAAAAAAGAAAGUGGCUUGUGGUCCUAUUUGUAUUAAAUAUUCAACUGUACACAUUUGUUUGUGCUGAGCUUUUCUUUCCUCUUGCCUGAGUCAAAGUCAAAAAGCUCAAUUGUUACCACGGGCUAGUGGCGUUGCUGUAACCCUGGUGUUUAUUUUCAGGAAACAAUGCAUUAAUGAGGGAUCCGAGGUGCAAAUCCCUCAGGUCGUUCAACAUCGCAAAGCAUCAAAGAUUUAUGCAAUGUUUAGCCUGACAUUUUUAUGUCUUUGAAACAAAAUCCACAUUUUUCUCUUUGAGUGUAAAUGGAGGCCAAACUGAGCCUAAAUAGUUCUUACAUUUUGCCUUUGGAAAUGUUUCAGUCUCAGGAGUGGGAGGGGAAAUUUAUUUUUCAUCCACACCCACUUUACAUAACGGCCCAAAUGGGAGUUCUGCCUUCAAACCUGGUCUUUCUCAGUGCUGCCUCCGAACCCAGCCAAGUUUGGACAGUAGUGAAAAAGCUUUUAUUUCUGCUAUGCGCAUUAAUCUCUCUGUGUGCUUUGAUAAAUCCCCUGCAAUGACUUUUUAUGAUGAAUGUGCACACUGAGUGAGUUCAUGUUGUGAAGGUGCUUCAUUGUGGUUUAGAAUCAUAGUUUAUGAUGAGUGUUCGACAAGCUGUUUGCAAUAUGAAAAAACUACAUUUUU